AAAAAAUGUCCUACCGUUUUUGCUGAUAGAUUGAAAACAAGAGAACAAAAAAUAAAAUUUUGUCUUUUCUUAGUAUCUUUUUUUCUGCGGUCACGAAAAAUGGCGAAACCUGAAGAAGAAGAAGAGAGAUUGAGAAUGAGAAGCUUCGUUGAGGAAGAAAAAGAGCAUGAUGAAUUGAAGAAACUAGCAAAAUCAUUUCUAGUUUUAAGCUUCUCAGUAAUGUUAGCUCAUCUCCCAAACGACGCAAUCUCUCUUGUCCCGAGAUUAACAUCUCAAGUCACCGAGCUAAAACGGCGACUCGCGACGGCGGAGGAACAAGUCCGUCAGAUGAAAUCUCGGCGCGUGGAAGAUUCGAAAGCUAACGCGCGUGUGGUCGAGAUCUUUGCUAGUCAUAGAAACGCUUGGCAAGAAGAAGAGAAACGAUUGUUGAAUCGGAUUCAUGAAAUUGAAGAAGAAAGAGAAGAUUUCAUGAAUAGGAUUAGUGAAUUGGAGAGGGAAGUGAGUGAGAGAGAUGAAAUGAUUGGGUUUAUGUCUCGAAGAGAGAUUGAGGAAGAAGAUGAUGAUGAUGGACAAGGAGAUGAGUCCAGUGAACGUUAUGCUGUGGAUCAUCUCACUCUAUCUUCAUCACCAUCACCUAAUGCUUAUGGCAAUUUUAAUCCUUUCCAGGAUUUACAAUAUGAAUCUUUGGAAUCUGUGUAUCGUAUGAAGCAUUUUGUGCCAAGAAGGGAAUCACCAUGGAAGAUUGAUAGUGAAGGGACGGGUGUAUCUGCGAAACUGAGGUUGCUUGAAGAGGAAUUACUGAAUCUUGAGAAAGUUUGUCGUCCUAGUGACAUAUCGAAAGUUCCGUCUUUGUUGAAAAAACAGGCUAAGAGGUAUCAAGCUCUUUCAGGGAAGAUCGAUGAUCUAUGUAGAAGAAUGCAGAGUAGUGAUCCGUGCGAUGCUACAUUAGGACCUGAGUUCAGGACGCAAAGACAAAACGAGUUUCUGCUCGAGUGUUUCAGACUUCAGCAACGGGCAUCGGAGACAGGGCAGAAGCUAGUUUCAUUGCAGACGGAAAUCACCAGGAGUAAUCAAGGAGAUCAGUUAAGCCAAGCCAAGAUGAACACAGGGAGGUCAUUGGAUUUGAUCAAGAACAACUUGAAAGAAGUUCAGAGAAACUUGGAGAUUUGGCUGGCUAGAAUUAUUGGAGAUCUUGAAGGUAUACUUGCUAGAGACGGGGCUUCACGUGUAAGAGAAUUCUACGUUGCUCGAUACCCUUUUGUUCAGUAGAAUCAGAAAUCUCUCUAUCACUUAAGACUAACUCGCCAUUUUUUUUUUGUUUCUGUUGCCUUAUGUAUGUGUGUCUGUAACUGUGUUAACCUGCUAAAGAUCAGUGUAGAAGUCUAGGUUUGAUCUGAUAAAUAAGCAAGUUGUGUUAUAUUAUUAAUCAUUCCAAAUGUUGUGGGGUCAAAUGUGAAAAAUGUCAGGUAUGUUUGUUAGUCGCAAUGAAUUUUAAAAAGCAGAUUAGAAUCUCAAGCCACAAUGAGAUAAUGUUCACAUAUAUGAUAUAUACUAUGCAACAUUGUUUUGCUGGAAUAUGAUAUUUAGGGAUCUUCUGACUUGAGAGACAUGUAAAUCUCUAAACAGCUCACUACAUUCCAAUAGCAGAUGAACAGAGAACAAUGUAUCUAACCUAUACCGAAAAGUCAAAUGGGAUCUAAUACAUCAUCCAUUGGCCAUGGUUUUGCUCUGAGUUUAUGAGCUGUUUGGAGAAGAUAAUAAUAGUUCACGAUCAUGACCUAGACGGAUUCUGGUUGGUAGAGGUCUAGCUAUCAGUCCUUCAGUGACCCAACCUACUGAUUCGCUGUCUUCUUUGGCGUGUUCAAACUCUCGUCGCACAUAAUCUAAAGAAAUGUGAAGGCGACCACCGGGUUUGCAGUCUGAGUAAGUGCUUGCGGGUUCGAUCCCAGCAUUCUUCUCUAGCCAG